CGCAACUUGGCACAAGCGAGCCAGCCGGCACCAAGAACCAUGCGGGUUCGUGGGCCUUCCUGACCGCAUCCCGUGGCUUUGUUCAUCGCUCGCGGUCGUCUCUGAGAGCGUUUCUAUACAGGCUGCUGUGCGGUGGGACGACGCCCCGCUUCCGAGCGGCGUGCUGGCGUUAGAGGCUGCGACAUGUCCGGUGACUGAUUGCAUAAAAGUCUUUUGUGACUGACCGACCGCCUGGCCACUUUGCAUUUUGGUCGGGUCGAAUUAAGAAGAAGAAGAGCAUGUUCCGACUCAACUCCAAGCGCGUGUUUCCGAGUGAGGAAGAGAAGUUGCUGCACCGUCGCCGGCUCCGCGCGUCGAACCAGCGCGCGCACGUGGCCCGUCGGCGCGAGACCAUUGAGCGCCUGAGCCGCCAAGUCGACGCGCUCGCGUACGAGACGAGCCGCCUCGAGGGCAAGCGCGAGUCGCUCAGCGUGACGCACCGGUACCUCAACGACCACCGGAGUGUCAAGACGGUCCACGAGUACCUCCGCGUCUUUCAGCAUGGCUACAAGACGUCGCUCGAUAAGGAGGCGACGAUCCAAGAGCGCUUCCUUCGCUCCAUCAUGCGCGACGACCUCCGGUACUUUCACCUCAUUGGCGUCGACAAGCUCCUCCACGUCUUCCGCGUCUACUGCGCGUCGCACAGCAAUUUCUCCAUGUGCUUUUUGCGCUGCAACGUGAUCCAGAACGACGACGACGGGCUCGUGGCGUGCCACGUCACCAUGAUGGUGUCCCAGCGCAUCACGCGCACGACGCUCAGCAUGUACUUUCCUCAUAUCCUCCAUGACGAAGUGCUUGUGCAAGCGCUCAUUGGCCGUCAAAUCGACCUCCCGACGACCUCCAUCUUUGGCUUUGACGAAGAUGGACUCGUCUCGUCGUAUACUGCCAGCAUGGACUUUGUCGGCGCCUACAUGCGUCUCCUUGCCGACCUCGAGACAGUUGCUCGGCUCGUUGGCGGCAACAUGUACCAUCCGAGCAAGCUCCAGAGCUUGUCCUAGUCGCAUAGUAGUACUUAUACAUCGUAAAGCAUUGGCAUUUUGUUGUUAA